CUGUCGAUGAUCAAUCGGACACAAAACUAUUACAAGAGAACACUGUGGCAGCUUUAAUCGAAGUCAACAAAGCUCUGAAUCCUUUAAAUAAAGAUGCCGCACGAUUGUCAACUACUUCGUUUUUAAAAUGCUUGUCUGAGGUAUCACAGAAAAAUCCUUCGCUCGCUGAAAAAAUAAGUUCUUGCGGUUCGCAUAAUUUAGCUUUACAGAAUAUGCAUCGCAAUAUAGAAAAACGGGGUGAAGUUACUAAGGAACGAAUUAAAAAUGCUGCUACGAUCGGCCUCUAUAUAUUUGAACAUAACGAACUAUCGAACUCAUGUGAACUUACAUUGAAAUAUGAUACGACACAAAAUCAGCAUAACGAUUCACCUCGUGUUGCAGCAUCUUAUAAUAUAGCGGAAUUGCACGAUCUCUGCGGUCGUGCACUCUUGAUUGGAAAAUCUAGAGCCUCCACUGAUCAAUCAGUUGAUGAUGAUGGUAACGAAGAUAUCGGCGUGCUAAUGAAUCAAUUUAUUGUACAAGUUGAUUUAGCACAACAAAUUAUCACUGUGGCUUCAAGACUAAUUCAAUAUGGACAUUUUCUUUAUCAAAAGAAGCGCAUGGAAGCUCAUGGAACCUUCGACCUGCAACAAUUGUUGGAUGAAUUAACUGUUGAUAUGGAAAGAUGGGAAACAGUAGUUGAUCAGGCGCAAAACGAACACUACUAUUUAACCUUCUUUUCUGCAUGUCAUAUUCUGGCCUUUUAUGAUUAUUUUAGAAAAAUUGAUCAUACGUACGAUGGUGAAAACGAUAAUUUUCAUGCAUCGAAUCGAGAAAUUUGUCAAAAUCUCGUCCGGUUUGUUAAUAAUGAAGCUCAAUUACCUCAAUCACCCAAUUGGACUGGAGAAUGGCCCGUUGUUCAAAGCGAAGCAGGUUUUUUACCGACUCUUCGUAAAAUUGGUGCUAUACUUCAUGAUAUUUUCACUGACAUUCCACGACGUAUUCGACCCAUUCCUGAUUGUGUUGAACCGGUCAUUGCUGAUACAGUUUUUAAAGGAAAAAUAUUCGUCGCAGAUUGUCAUUCUCGUUCUUUAGUUCCAAAUGUUAUUUUAUCACUUUUUAUCAAUUAUCGAUCUUUUCCUGAACCAUGGCAAAUUCUAAUUUGUCGAAGCACAACUACUGCGGAGGAGAUUUCUCUAUUCAUAAAACGUUCGUUUAUUGCCGCAAAAAAAGGUUAUGAAAACUGUUUAUUUUGCAUUGCAAAUGUCGAAUUCUUAGAUUUUGAAUUGCAAUAUAAUCUUGUUAAAACAAUCCGUAUUUUCCAAGAGAAAGAAACAAAUUAUCUUCUAGCUUUGGUCUGUACUCGAGAAAAGGCUAUGAAUCAUCAUAUAUUAGAUCAAUUUGCUGAAAAUGUUUAUCCUACUAAUGGCCUUGACUCUGAGUCUAUGAAAAUUUUAUAUACUGAAAUUUGUGAUAAUGCUAUAUGCGUGACUUCAAAUAUGUCCGGGCAGGGCAAAACAGAAUGGAUUAAAGAAUCCAGCUUUAGACUAGGAAAAACCCCACGUACUUUAUUAAUCAGUGAUAAUAUUAAUUUUGGGACACUAGUUAGGCAAUUGGCUAAUUGUAAAUUGAGUACCUUUGAAAGUUUGCACCUUGAUAUUACUCUUGUAACUUAUCCUCAUGAAAUUAAUUUCUUUUUGUUUGAAUUAUUGACACUUGGCGUAGUUUCUAAUGAAUUGGAUAUAACAACACAUUGA